AUGGAAAGUUUAGAAGAAUUGGCAUAUUAUUAUUAUGAAUCUCAACAAUACAGUCUUGUAAAGGAAGAAGAAGAACCAAUUUCAACAGAAAAGAUUUCAAAAGAUAUUUUAGAGAAAGAUAAAAAUGCUUUAGAAGUUGAUUCAGAAAAAGUUGAAAGGGAUUUAGAAGUUGAUUCAGAGAAGAUGGAAAAGGAUUCAGAAGAAGUUUCAGAAAAAUCUCCAGUUUUUGAUAAAUCAUCAGAUGAAGAAAGUGACGAUGACAGUGAAGAAAUUGAAAAACUUGAAUAUUAUAAAAGAAUGUUUGCACCUGAAUUGUAUAAUAUGUUUUAUGCAGGUAAACUGGAAGAGCUUAAAAAUAAACAAGCUGCGAAAAUGAAGAAUCAUAAGUCAGCAAAUGUGGAAGAAAUUAAUGAUGAAAUCAAACCUGAAGAAAGAGUACGAGUGGUAAUGAAACAGGUUGAAGAAAUUCCAGCUUUCAAGAACGAGAAUGAAGCUGAUGACAAAAAGAUCCUUGGGAUGUGCUCAAAUUGUGAAAAAUCAAAAUCUGAAAAUGUCAAACUGUUAAGAGAUGUUGACAUUUUGACACUGAAAAUCAAAUAUUUGAAAGAAAAAGAAAAAGAUUUUGAAAUUCAGAAAUGA